AUGAACUCGCUGUACACUCUUGGGCUCAGACAAAUAUCCUCUAUCCAAGCCGAUAUUGAUAGGCUGCGGACUGAAAGCGACUCGCCAAUUGCGCUCCAAGGUCAGAUCGCUGCAUCGUUAGCGGCACUUAAUCGAACUGUGGAUGAUUAUGAUUCAAUGGCGAAACGAGAAAUGAUCAAAUCCAAGCAAGAAAAAGCUUUUCUGCGAGUACAGAAAUUCCGCUCAGACUAUAAUGACCUUCGCAAAAGCUUUGAUCACGCAAAGCGACUGGCUGACAAUUCGGUAACUCAGCGCGCCACCCUUUUCCAAUCUUCCUCAUCUUCCCUACCUCCAACCCCAUCAGCACGACAACGAUUCUCGGGUAACGCGUCAAAUUCGGUUUCCGAGUCACCCUUCAACCUCGCUCCCCAGCCUACCUCCAGAGUAGAAAGAGCCCUUGAUGAGCAUAGCUUCUUGCAAGAAACGGAGACACAACUGGAUAAUUUCCUUGCACAAGGAAUGGAGGUUUGGAAUAAUCUCAAGGACCAGAAAGAGGUGCUCAAGGGGACACAAAGAAGACUACUGAGUGCUGCCAAUACGUUGGGCCUAAGUCGGGAUGUAAUUGGAUGGAUUGAGCGACGGAGCCGCGAAGACACGGUGAUAUUUGUUAUCGGGGCGAUAUUCACUUUUUUCUGCUUCUGGUUGAUCUGGCAUUACUUGGGAUAA